AUGAAUACAAACGAGCUUACGGUUUCCCAAGUGUUUCAACAAUCCGUCGUGCCAAUUUCGUUCGGCGCGAGCUUUGCUUUGCUAGGCGGCUUUUUCUUUGGAUGCAUCUAUUCUGGUCUUGCAAAGAAUGAAAAGCAAAUCAGCUGGCUACUGACAUUUGCAAGCAGCUUUGUCUGUACGCUCAUUUCGAUCCCUUGCUUCUUCACGUUCUGGCUUUCCGGGUGGGACAUUCGAAUGCUGGGUAUCGAGGCUACUUGGCACACCGCAAGCGUCUGCUUUUUCAUUUCCUAUCUUAUUCUCGACUUGUCACUGGGAUCCAUCUACUAUCGCCGACGCAUCACCUUCUUGACCGGGUGGUUCCAUCACACACUCUACAUUGUCUUUCUCUUGUGGUUCUUGCGUAUGCGCACCGCUUCCUUCUUUUGCACCGCUGCCAUUCUCGAGCUCCCUACGCUGAUAUUGGCUGCAGGAUCUCUAAGCAAAGUCUGGCGAUGCGACUUUUUGUUUGCAACAUCCUUCUUUUUCCUUCGUCUUGUGCUCCAUGCCUGGAUGAUUGCCCAGCUCAGACUUCAUCAUCGAGUCGAGUCCCUUUGGAUUGUUGCCGUUGUUGUGUAUCCGUUGCAUCUCUAUUGGUUCCAUGGUUAG